AUACGGGCAAGAUAAGAUUGACAUAGAGAUCAACGGGGAGCCUGUGGAUCUUCACAUGAAGCUGGGAGAUAAUGGAGAAGCCUUCUUUGUGCAGGAAACUGAGGAGCAGAAUGAGAUUGUACCAGCUCACCUGGCCACUUCCCCCAUCCCCACUGACAGUCACCUGUUUUGGAUCGGAAGCGAUCACAGGCCAAGUCAGAACCUGGAUGACGAUCCACUGGACCCAGAAGACCCUCCUGAUCCCCCUGUUGCCAGCACAGGGGGAGCCAAGAAGAAGAAGAAACGGAGGAAGAAGCAUAAAGGCGACCCACGGCGAGAGGAGCUGACCCCACCUGCCGUCAUCAGCUCUACCCCUUCUACAGAUGACAUAUUUGAGAUGGAACUGAGUUCUGAUGAGGACACUGCUUCCAACACCAGAUCAUCUUCAAUCAAUACUGUUCGAGAAGUUGAACCCAGGAUACAAACAGUUCGUCAUUCUUUAGACUACCCUUACUCUGACGGAGACUGGUCUCCUUCAAACAGUCAUGCCAUGUCAGAGGCCUUUUCUCCCAAGAGUGACUCUGAACUGGUCGUUCGGCCAUCAGAAAGCCUGCUCAAAAUGGAGUCACACAUGCAGUGGACAUGGGGAGAGUUUCCAGAAUCUACCAGGGUUUCUAAGAAAGAGAAGAUGGAGCUACCGAAGACUGUGACCAUAACGCCUUCAGAGAACACUCACUUCAGAGUCAUUCUCAGCUCAGAGGCCAUGGAGACGGAUGACAGAGAACGGGCCUCAGGGGCCCCUGGCUGUACCAUAGUCAAGCCUGAACCCCGCACCCCUGUGACCCCCAAAACUACCACGGAGUUGGAAUUGGAGAUGGUACCUAGUGGAAUGUUGACCUCCACUCCUUCAUCCAUUCUCCCUGAUGCUGCUGCCGUUGCUGCCUCUGCUGCUUAUGUAGGUGCAGACAUGGGAGAUGUUGGUGCCAAGACUGACUCACCGUCCAAGAAGAAAGGCGUCCCAAAAAGAAGUCAGCACCAGGGCCCAGAGGACAUCUACCUAGAUGACCUGAAUGUUCUGGAGCCUGAUGUUGCUGCUCGCUACUUUCCUAAGAGUGAUUCAGACUCUGGCUCCAAGCACUGGAUGGAUUCUGGGAUGCACUCAGGCUCUCAGUCCCCACAGUCUGUGGGCAGCGCUGCGGCCGACAGUGGCACUGAGUGUCUGUCUGACUCUGCCAGUGAUCUGCCUGAUGUCACACUGUCUCUGUGUGGAGGUCUCAGUGAGAACGGAGAGAUUUCGAAAGAAAAAUUCAUGGAGCAUAUUAUCACAUACCAUGAAUUUGCAGAGAAUCCAGCUAUCAUAGAUAAUCCAAAUUUAGUUGUUAAAAUGGGAAACAGGUAUUACAAUUGGACAUUGGCUGCCCCUUUGAUCUUAAGUUUGCAAGCAUUUCAGAAGAAUUUACCUAAGGCUACAGAGGAAGCUUGGGUGAAAGAGAGGAUGCCAAAGAAAUCGGGCCGUUGGUGGUUCUGGAGAAAGAGAGCAGACAGCACUAUUAAACAGUCAGAAAGUACUGGAAAGCUGGAAAUGAAGCAGUCCCAAAUGGAGGAUGGCAGCUCCUCUUUGUCAAUGGAAAGUCAUUCCCGCAAAGUGGACACCAGGGACUCAUCCAGUGAUGAGGAGGGUAAGGAGGUGAGCGCUGCCGCAUCGUCAAUGGAGCGCAAGGUCCAUUCUGAACCACACGGGCACACAUCCACUCACUCCUACCGCAAGUCUCUGCGCCUCUCCUCCGACCAGAUUGCUAGUUUGAAACUGAAGGAAGGACCCAACGAUGUGACAUUCAGCAUCACAACACAGUACCAGGGCACGUGCCGCUGUGAAGGCACCAUCUACCUUUGGAACUGGGAUGACAAAGUUAUCAUCUCAGAUAUUGAUGGAACCAUCACCAAAUCAGAUGUGUUUGGCCAGAUUUUGCCUCAGUUUGGGAAGGACUGGACGCACCAGGGCAUUGCUAAACUCUACCACUCUGUGGCUGAGAAUGGAUAUAAAUUCCUGUACUGCUCAGCAAGGGCAAUUGGCAUGGCAGACAUGACGCGAGGUUAUCUGCAGUGGGUGAACGACGGAGGCAUUAUCCUGCCCCGUGGACCCCUCAUGCUCUCUCCUAGUAGCCUCUUCUCGGCAUUUCACAGGUAUUAUACAAACUUCAUAGUUAUUAAGUGAUAGGUCAGCCACAUU